CAAAGAUGUACAAUACAGCGUGCGGAGUAAAGCAGCAUACCUUAUGUACCUAGGUAGGUAGUCAUCAUGGAUUCAACUCCCAGGGCGACUUAUUUGCUGUGAGGCACAUGUCGCAAAAGUCGCAACCAUGGAGGACAUCGAAACGGCGCAAAGGGAUGAGAAGAAGGCAAAAAUCGCCAACAAUCAGGAGGAUGUAAUCGCAGACUUAAAAGCUGAGCAAGACUCGCGAAAUAUUGGUACGCUCGAUCGCAAGCUCAAGUCCCGGCAUGUCCAAUUCAUGGCGCUGUCGGGCGCCAUAGGGACCGGGCUUUUCGUUGGCAGUGGGCAGGUUUUAUCGCUUGCAGGCCCGCUGUCCGCGUUUCUGGCGUACCUAAUAACGGCCUUUAACGUCUACUGCGUGGUGCACAGUCUCGGCGAGAUGGCGACCUAUCUCCCCUUGCCGGGUGCUGUACCCGUGUACGCUUCCCGAUACGUCGACGAGGCGUUGGGGUUUGUACUCGGCUGGAAUUAUUGGUAUCAGCUCGCCAUCGGAUGUCCUAUCGAAGUUACGGCUUCGGUUGUAGUCGUGGAUUAUUGGCAGAAUGAUAUACCUAAAGCUGCUUUGACCACGGUCUUUUUUCUGGCGAUGGUUAUAAUUAAUUGUUUCCCCGUGCGCAUAUAUGGAGAGGCAGAGUUCGCCUUCGGGGCUAUUAAACUUACGACGAUCGUCGGGUUGAUUCUUUUGAUGUUCAUCACUACACUCGGCGGAACUCCUAGUGGUGAGAGGAUUGGAUUUAGGUACUGGAAUAAUCCUGGGCCUAUGAACGAGUACUUGGAAACUGGAUCUCUCGGGCGAUUUCUUGCCUUCUGGAAAGUCUUCAUCCAGGCCACGUUCUCGUACGGCGGUUCGGAGAUGGUCGUCAUCGCUAGUGGUGAGACCGAGAACCCGAGACGCAAUAUCCCCAAGGCGAUUCGAAGGGUAUUUUGGAGAAUAGCCCUUUUUUACGUACUCGCUAUCUUCCUUGUCACUUUAUGUGUGUCGUCGCAGGAUCCCCGUCUCCUAGACGCCAUUAAUAGCUCAGCACCCGGCGCUGCGGCAUCGCCUUUCGUCAUCGCCAUUGAGAAUGGUGGCGUUAAAGUCCUUCCUUCGAUCAUCAACGCCGUCAUUCUUACUUCCGCGUGGUCCGCUGGAAAUUCAUUCUUCUACUCUUCGACGCGCGUCUUAUAUGCCUCGGCUUUGGAUGGGAAAGCGCCCAAGUUCCUGACGUACGAGAAAUGGGGCGUCCCGUACGCCUGCGUUGGUGCAACUACAGCGAUCAGCUUAUUAUGCUACAUGAACGUGAAUAACCAAGGCGCAGAUGUGUUCUUCUGGUUCUCAAAUAUAUCGGCCGUCUCCACGUUGAUAGUCUGGUCGUCCAUUUGCGUUACCUAUCUGCGAUUUUAUUACGGUCUUCGCCAUAACGGAAUCUCGCGCGAUACAUUACCAUAUAAAUCACCUCUACAGCCAUUCCUCGCGUACUUCGCCAUUUGCUUCUGUCUUAUUGUUGCCUUCUUCAACGGCUACGAUGCUUUCUUCCCCGGGAAAUUCAGCGCGAAGACUUUCGUGCCGCCUUACAUCGAUAUGCCGAUCUUUGCAGGUCUAUUCUUGGGGUAUAAGCUUGUCAAACGAACGAAAUUUGUUAAGCUUAGCGACAUGGACUUAUGGAGUGGAAAGGUGGAGAUCGACCGCUUGGAAGGCACGUGGCCAGAGGUGAAGCCUAGGAAUUUCUUGGAGAGAGUUUGGUUCUGGAUUGCAUGAUAUAAUUAUUGUUGAUGGAGUAAACGACUGUUAGAGUUGUGCUUAUGACCCAACUCUCAAGUAUCAAACGCUACGUGGUAUAAGUAUGCGUGCGAUGCAUUGUAAAUAUAUUACAC